GGGGGGGGUUGAGAAAAAAAGGUCUCAAGUAGUCUGGCUGAUGCAGGACGAAGCCAAAAUUAAGGAAAAGAAGAGCAUCGACAUGCGAGUUGAGAUGUGUGAUAAGCACGGCGGCGGCUAGUUUGGUGAGAGUUGGUUGACUCGGGAGGAAAAAGCAAAAAGGGGGUUUAAGCAAAAAAGAAAACAAGCAGGAAAAUCAAUAAAUAAAUACAGUCGAAGCGAGAAAGAAAGGCGUUGAAAAGGAUCGAAGCUGAAGAAGAGGCAGAGGCAGAAGAAGAGGGGAAAAGGAAAAGGGAGAUGAAAUUGGAUGGGGAUUGAAAGAGGCUAGAUGGAUGAUUUGACAUCCGCUGUUGACAAGAAGAACACCAUGAACUAGCGGGUGAAUAAAAAGGGGGAGACGCGAGGAGAGAAAAGAGACCUAUAAUAAUAAAAUGUGGAUGCUGGUAGAGAAGGACAUAUGGAAUGUGCUUAGUGGAUGUAUGUAGGGAUGUGCGGGUGGAUGGAUGUGUGACUGGGGGUGUAAAACGGGGUUAAGAGGCCUCUCUCUUUAUGCUGUGGUUUCGUGAUAUGAGUUUUGUGAAGGAGAAAAAGAAAGGAAAGAAAGAAAUAGUAGUAGCGGUACGGAGUACUCCGUAGAAGUACUUGGGAAAAGAAGGUCAUGUCGUUAGUUACCACGAAGUCUCAAUGGGGUUGGCAUGGGCCUCUGAGCUGCUGGCUUCGCUCGUGGACUCCGCCAUGCCCUUACUGCGCUUCUCCUUCUUGCGGUUGGAAACGGUAGUCCAUUCGUUCUCGCUGCUUAGAGAGUUGAGCAUUCUCAUCUGCUCCUCUUCUGAUGGCAGGUCCUUGGUCCACGGCUUCCUCUCCCCGCCAGCUUGUGUAGGAGUGGGUUGUGCAGGAGCUGGCUCGAAGGUGUCAAGCAAUGGCAUGGCAGAUGGCGGCUUGGUGGAUGUACCGUUGCUGGAAGUGUUGCCAUUGGUAGUAGGCGUAAGAUUAGAUCUGGAUGCCCAUGCGUUUGCAGAUGACGGAGACACCGUUGACUUUGCCUGUUGCCUUUCGUAUUCUCGGGCUGUAUGCAUCUGGUUCUCGACCAUUGCACGCCUCGCCUUCUCUGCUUGCUUGACCAUCUCGUUCUUCUCUUCGCGCUUACGGCGGGCCUGACGUUGCUUCUUAGUCUCUACGGACUUGAAGCUGUUUUGCUGUUUCUUCUUCUUGCCGUUCUGGACAUCUUCCAUAUCACCAGUCAGGCGGAGGACGGAUGCGGCGGGAGCAGGAUCCUCGAGCAUGUCAGUGACAUCACCGGCGGGCUUGACGCGGGGAGAAUUGAUUGGUGACAUGUCGUCGUCUGCAUCUGCGCCGGUAGUGGAGGAAGCAGCAGUAGAGACGUGGUUAGCAUGGGGGUCGCCGUUGGUCUGUGGUUGUUGCUCCUGUUGCUGUGUCUUCUGCUGCUUAGCCUGUUUCUUUGGCUUCGUGCUGGUGCCGGGGUUUAGGCUUAGCAGCUAGAGGAGUGCCGUUUCUUGCUUUGGAAAAUUGUUUGGCAACUCAUAGUUGUCGUCAUGCCCCCGUUGGUAGUCGAUAAUCGACGACUCUUCGUCUUCGACGGCUCGCUGCUCC